AUGGCUAAAGAAGCGCCCCUGGAGGAAGCUCGGCAGUGGCCUCUACUCCUGACCUCUCCGCCGGAGAUUCUCGGAGAGAUCCUGAGUGAGCGGUUUGGCCCCCUGCCCUUCAUGGCACCUAUUACCCGCAUGAAGAGGAAGCCCUCCGGCUACUACUUUCCCACUGAGAACCGGGAGCAGGUCCUGGGCAGGAGACAUGCCGCUAAUGCCAAAGAAAGAGAGAGGAUAAAGAACUUGAACAGCGGUUUUUCCAAACUCAAGUCUCUUGUGCCAUUAAUCCCAAAAGACAGGAAGCCUAGUAAAGUUGACAUGCUUAAAGCAGCAGCUGAAUACAUUCGCCUGUUGCACUUGAUUUUGGAGGAAACAGCAGGAUGCAAGAAGCUGGAAGACCCAGUUGAUCACAAAUCUUCUGGGACCACUUCUGUGCCAGUACCCCUGGAGAGAUGCUUACUGGGAAAUAGAGAACCACAGAGUUCCAGCUGCUACAUUAAAGUGGAAAAUAACACACAGUCUGCAUGCACAAAUGAGGUGGUGGAGGCCCCCGUAUAUACUUGGAGGGAAACUGUUCUGCCUGCCUAUGUGGGGCUCAUAGAGCUUCACAAAAAUGGAUAAUCGGUUCUCCAUAAUGGAUGGGUGCAGGAUCUUUACUCUCAGAGUGAGCACUACUUUCCCUAAAGGACUUUGGGUGUGUGUUUUUUUUUAAUAGCACUGAAUUUGUUUAAAAGAUGAUAAAGCUGUUGCACUA